UGAUGGGCCUGUGUUGGGCCUUUAAUUGGGCACGAAAAAUAAACAUUUUUUUUUCCCUCCCUCUCUCUUCUCUCUCUAUUUCUUAGCUCUUCUCUCUCUCUCUCUCUCUCUCUCUCUCUCUCUCUCCCGCCCCUACACUCCGAAAAAAUGGCAAUCUCUUCUCUGAGACUACCGCUAUAUCCUUGGCUUGCGAAAUCUUCAAGCCGUGGCUUCAGAAUUGUAAACCCGAUACUACCCUUGAGAUUACAGCCAAUUUACUGCUUGUCUUCUGUAUCUCCGCCAUCCAGUACGAGUACACAACAACAUACUGUAACAGUAACCCAAUCCCAGAAAUGGGAAACUUUCCGGAAGAAGAAAGUCGUUAUGCGGGUCGGGUAUGUCGGAACCGAUUACAGAGGCCUGCAAAUGCAACGAGACGAACAUUCAUUGUCCACUAUCGAGAAAGAAUUGGAAACAGCCAUUUAUAAAGUUGGUGGCAUUCGGGAAAGUAAUUUUGGGGACCUUAACAAAAUUGCUUGGGCCAGAAGUAGCCGAACUGAUAAAGGAGUUCACUCGUUGGCGACGAUGAUUUCACUGAAAAUGGAAAUCCCUGACAAAGCGUGGGUGGGAGAUCCUUAUGGCAUUGUUCUUGCAAAUGAUAUUAACUCUUAUCUUCCUGACAAUAUAAAGGUUUUUAGCAUUUUGCCUUCUCAAAGGAGCUUUGAUCCCAGAAAGGAGUGCACUCUUCGGAAAUAUUCUUACCUCCUUCCUGCAGACGUUAUUGGAAUCAAAAGUCACUUUAGCAGCGAUGAAAUUGAUCAUCACAUUUCAGACUUCAACAGUAUACUGAGUGCUUUUGAGGGUGAACAUCCUUUUCAUAAUUAUACAAUACGAGCAAAGUACCGGAAACAAUUUCCUUCAAAACAAUCACGUAGAAAUGGCCAUGCUAGUAGAAAAGUGGGAUCUGAUACUGAAGCAUCAACCUCUGAGUCUGAAGAAAGUGAUGGUGAAGAAAAUUCUGUAAUUAAUGGAGCAACUCCAUUGAGUGCUGAAUCACUAAACCAGAAUUCUUUUGUCUCCAUCAUAUGUGAUGAAAACUUACCUGCUGUGUCCAAGAAGAAUGAAGAUAACAUGAAGGAUCAAGGUUCCAGUUUAGUUCUUGCUAGAUGGCUACAUGAACCUGAUGAGUCAGAUAGAAUAGGUGCUUCUCAUUUUAGAAAGAUUUUUCGUUGUUCUAGUGGAAAGCUAGAGAAAUCUCUUGGAUAUGAUUAUGUUGAGCUUUCCAUAUGGGGGGAGUCUUUCAUGUUACAUCAGAUCCGCAAAAUGAUUGGCACUGCUGUGGCAGUAAAACGUACUUUACUCCCAAGAGAUAUUCUAACUCUGUCACUGGUCAAGUUCUCACGUAUUGUCCUACCACUUGCUCCUUCUGAAGUUCUGAUCUUAAGGGGAAAUAGCUUUUCGGUGAGAACAAGACCUGGAAAUGUAACAAGACCUGAAAUGCUGACAAUGGUUGAAUCAGAAGAAAUCCUCAAGGCAGUUGAUGAGUUCUACACGUCUAUAAUGUUGCCUCAAGUAUCAAAAUUCCUGGACCCAUCAAGAUCUCCUUGGAAGGAAUGGGUUGAGAAAUUGGAUCAGCUCACAAGCAUUCCAGAGGUGCAGCUGGAUGAAGUCAGGAUGGCUUGGAGGAUAUGGAAGGAAAAGUAUGAGGCUCGAACAAGUAUUGCAUCAGUUAUAAAUGAAUGAGACGAAGGUAAAUUCUAUUGCAUUGUGUGAGACGCUCUUCAUUGGGAUUUGAUGCAACAAAUCCACCUCCAUUUCCUUCUUUUCUAUGACCUGAACUACUUCAUAUGUUUGCUUGAUUGGAGAAUCCGGAAUACAGAAAGACUUUGAGAUAAAAAGAAUUGAUAAAGCUGUCAUUUCUGAACAGCUGUGAAGAAGCUAACAAAUUGAGGAUAAAGCUAGGCGUACAACGUCAAUUUGAGUGGAAGAAAAAUUUAUCAACAGUUUCAGUCUGUGGUUUGUCAACAAGCAGGAGCUAGCACUCAUUAAAUACUUUCUCCAUUCCUAUUAGAGUUUUAAUCAUCAUUUUUCACUGCCAGUGCCAAAUAUACUCUUAAGAAAAGCAAGUUAGUCAUUUCCUUUUUAAGCGUUACGAGAGAGCCGAAUCUAAAUUCUAAAGGCUCAGGAUUUAUAAAAUUCAAAUCCAGUUUUUAAUCUCUUGUGAAUAAAAGAGCACAUCUUCCUUCUUUGC